AUGGCGGCCGCAAUGCUGUCAAACAAGAAUUUGAGCAAAUUAAUUCGACAUCACAUUAAAUUCGCCAAAUCUUUACACAGUAAGACAUUAAAUAUAGUAAACAAGCCACCGUUAUACGUGACAUGUCAACAAUGUGCAGCUGCAAGUCAUUACAGGCAUUAUUCUUCGUCAAGCCCAAGUCCGCCUGGUGGACCGGAUUCAGCGAAAAAUGUGUUGGCAGCGGUGUUGGCAAACAAACCUAAAACGGGAAAAAUACCUGUUGGUAUCCAAAAAAGAGACUGCUUUCACCCAGGUGCCUCUGUUUUGUCUCGUGAAGAUAUAAACCUGGGGGAUGCAAAGCCGGUCUCGGGAGUCGAUAUGAUCCGCGGGAUGCUGGAAUAUGUGUGGCCUAAGGACAACCUGAUGAUCAGAAGCCGCGUGUUGGUCUCCCUGUCCCUGCUGUUUGGUGCCAAGGUGGUGAACGUGUCAGUUCCGUUCAUGUUCAAGUACGCCAUCGACGAGGUGAAUGCAGCGGCUGUGACGCCGGCCGGGGACGCUCUGCUCGGGGUCGCCACUGUACCGCAGGCGGUCGGUACCACGGCCUUCGCGCUGUUGAUUGGAUAUGGUAUUGCUCGUGCGACAGCUGCGGGUUUCAACGAGUUGAGGAACGCUGUGUUCGCGAAGGUGGCCCAGCACUCCAUCAGGAAGCUGGCCUGCAAUGUCUUCAUACAUCUGCAUAAUUUGGACCUUAGCUUCCAUCUCGGCAGGCAGACUGGAGCUUUGUCUAAAACAAUAGACCGUGGUUCCCGCGCCAUCAACUUCGUUCUAUCGGCGAUGGUGUUCAACAUAGUGCCGACUAUAUUUGAGCUCAUACUCGUCUCCACCAUACUCGGCCUUAAGGGAGGACUGGCUUUUACUGGGUUGGCGUGGGGCUGCGUGGGCGUGUACGCGGCGUUCACGCUGGCCAUCACUCAGUGGCGGACCAAGUUCCGCGUCUACAUGAACAAGGCCGAGAACGAGGCCGGGAACAAGGCCAUCGACUCACUCAUCAACUAUGAAACUGUUAAGUACUUCAACAACGAGAAGUACGAGCUGGAGAAGUACGACGUGAGCCUGAAGAAGUACGAGGAAGCGUCUCUAAAGACUGCGUCCAGUCUCGCAGUCCUCAACUUCGGACAACACGCCAUAUUCAGCGCGGGACUCAGUAUGAUCAUGAUCCUGGCCGCCAAUCAGAUUGCUGAAGGCAGUAUGACGGUGGGCGACCUGGUGAUGGUGAACGGGCUCCUGUUCCAGCUGUCCAUCCCGCUGGGCUUCCUGGGCUCCGUCUACCGCGAGGUGCGCCAGGCACUCAUCGACAUGCAGACCAUGUUCACGCUCAUGACCGUGCAGUCGCGGAUCAAGGAAAAAGAGAAGGCCCCAUCUUUAGUAUGCGACGCAAAAACAGCCACGAUAGAGUUCAAAGACGUGAGCUUUAAGUAUAUAAACGGCAAGCCUAUAUUCAACAACUUGACGUUCUCCAUACCUGCCGGGAAGAAGAUCGGAAUUGUUGGCGGAUCUGGUAGCGGUAAGUCGACGAUGGUGCGGUUAUUGUUCCGUUUCUUCGAGCCCCAGUCUGGCACCAUCAAGGUGGCCGGACAGAACAUUAAGGACCUCGACCUCGCCAGCUUAAGGAAAGCUAUUGCAGUUGUACCACAGGACUGCGUUCUGUUCCACGACACAAUAUUCCACAACCUGCACUACGGGGACCUCACCAAGUCGAAGGAACAAGUCUAUCAGGCCAGCAAGAUGGCAGAACUACACGAGUCUGUGAAAACAUGGCCUAAGGGUUACGAUACACAAGUAGGCGAGCGUGGCCUGAAGUUAUCUGGCGGAGAGAAGCAGAGAGUGGCCAUCGCUCGUGCCAUACUCAAGGACUCGCCCAUCAUCAUCUUCGACGAGGCGACCUCCAGUCUGGACUCACUCACUGAACACGCUAUCCUUCAAGCGUUGAAGGCAGCGACAGUUGGUCGGACGUCAAUCUGUAUAGCGCACAGACUGUCGACGGUGGCGGACGCGGACGAGAUACUCGUCAUGGAGAACGGAAGUAUCACGGAGAGGGGAACUCACUCGCAGCUGGUGGCCAACCCGAGCAGCCUGUACUCGCGCCUGUGGCAGCGCCAGAAGGAGUCCCCGCGCGAGGCCCCGGCCGCCGCCCCCGCGCCCCCCCCGCGGGGGCCCGUCCCCGCCGCCGCCCCCACCACCGCGGCUAGUGCGGCCGCCUCCACGGUACCCGGCGUACCCAAGUGA